CGUUCGUCCCCGCCCCACUGCGCAGGCGCAGAUCCGGGCGCUGGAGUGGGCCAGUGCGUGCUGUGGUUCACCCUUUCCAGCCCUGGCCGCAGCAUGGCCCCUCUGUUCCUAAGGUGCAUGGUGGCGUCCCUCGUGCACCCUCUCCUGCACUUGAGUCGUGUCGCCACGAGUCCCCGAGCCCUCUCCACGUUCCUGCCCAGGGCCCUUGUGGGCGCGAGGCCCUGCACCGAGGACGCUCGCUGCUCCCUCUCCCGCAGCCUCCAGCAGCGCCUGCAGCCCGCGCUGGAGUUCAAGACCAAGGGCGUCAUUAAGAAGCGCUGCAAGGACUGCUACUACGUGAAGAGGCGCGGGCGCUGGCUCAUCCUCUGUAAGACCAACCCCCGGCACAAGCAGCGACAGAUGUAGCCCGUGCCUGUGUUGUGUCCCCAGGAAAUAAAAAUUAAAUGCUCCGUAGUCCAAGAUUUGUGACCUUAAGAUUUGUUGAAUCUGGUGAGGC